AUGCGAGUACCAAUUCGAUCCUACCUCGCGUCAGCGGCUGCCGCCUUGUCCGUAUCCGCUGAGCUGGCGGUAGGAACAGCGGUAGCACAGACCAAUUACUCAACAUGGAUGGCGACGAGCCUCAUGUCGCGCAGCCAGGGCAUCAUGACCGGCAACGGCGGCUCCUCCGAGCUGCUGCAGGCCGGCAUCACCCAGCGGGCCCUCUCCGCCCUCGUCGCGCAGUACCCGGAUCAUACCCUCGCCGCCGGCAUCCGGGACUACAUCCACCGUAGCGCGUCAUCCGUCGUGCCCUUCAUCUUAAACGCUACCUACGACGCGCUCUCGUACCCUAUGGACCGCCUGCUCACCGGUGACACCCUUCUGUCGCUGUACUCGCCUACUGACAAUAACACCACCUCCUUCCGCGUCGCCGCCGACGCGCUGCGCCAUAGCAUCGACCUCAACCGUCGCAACUACGAGGGCGGCCUUUGGUAUUUUGUCUACCCGCAGUGGAGCUAUCUCGACGGCAUGGUAUCGCUCGCGCCCUUCUACACCUUGUACACCGCCGCCACCGAACCGUCGCUCACCACUGAGAAUGCAACCGACGCGUUGGACGACAUGUUCCAUCAGCUCGACUUGCUCUGGAACCGCACGCGCAACGCCACCAGCGGACUGCUAGUGCACGGCUACGACGCGUCCAAGACCGCCGUCUGGGCUGAUCCCGACACAGGCGCGAGCCCCCACGUCUGGGACCGCAGCUUGGGAUGGUACUUUAUGGCCCUAGUGGACACGCUGGAGGUGCUGCCGGAGAAGUCGACGUGCAAGUACCGCGAACGUAUCCUUGAGAAGUUCCGGUCCCUCGCCAGCGCGGUGAUGCAGGCUGUGGACCCGGCGACCGGUGGCUGGUGGCAGGUCAUGGACGCGCCAGGACAGGAGGGGAAUUACAUCGAAUCGAGUGGCAGCGCCAUGUUUUCGUACGCGCUGCUGAAGGGCUCGCGGCUAGGGUACUUGCCACCGGCGCAAGUGCCACAUGCAUCGGAUAUCGGAAGUCGGGCCCAGGAGUACUUGUCCAACACCUUUGUCGUGCGUGAGGCGAACGGAACGGUAGGAUAUAACGGGACUGUGGCCGUGUGCAGUCUCAACUCCACCGCAACCUACGACUACUACGUCCAUCAACCUAUACUGUACAAUAGCGUGCUAGGCUCUGCCGCCUACAUACUCGCGUCCCUUGAGGCAGAGCGUCUCGGAAAGGCGUGA